AUGGCUUCCGACGACAUGACUGCAGCUUGUCCAGCAGGCUUCAAGGCUUUUCUCGCUGGUGCCGCCAUCCUCAUCGCCGUGGCGUUGGUCAAGCGAGAUUCGUCCAAUACAUCGGCAACAGAUAACGAAGGCACUGAUGCUCGUCUACAACCAUUGUCCACAGCAACAACCGCAAAGACACCAAGAGAACACUCCGACACAGCAACACACGCCCCUCGCCCCUCCACUCCGAAUCCGAAUCCAUACGGCGACUACAGCCGUGUAUCCGCCAACACCAAUUCCAGCCAAGUCCCCAUCGUCAUCACUCCAGCCGACUCGAAGAGCGAUCCCGACCUAGCACGUAGGACUCUCGCGCAGAAUCGCACUACCGAUCACAUCGGGCGACCGAGGACGGGCUUGGUGCCUCCUCCUGUCUUCCACAAAGGGAACUUCAGGCACGAGAGGACUUAUUUGGUGGAGGGUGGACACCUCUGCGAUAACUGCGACGCCGCGUCGUGCCACCAAUAUUCUCUCCUCGACGAGAACGAUCAUCAGCCAUUUGGUAUGGAGUCGCGCGACCCUUUCGGCAGUAGAAACGGCUUUCCAAUCGACGACAACCACUUCUUCCCGUUCGAGCCUACUCCUACCGCAUCCACCAACAUGUCUCCGCCUGCUCUACCACAUCCAUCGGACUUCUACACCAGCCGCCAUGAUCCACGACGUCCUGAACUCCAGCAAUCUGGACCGCCUCCUUACGGCGUGACCAUGCAGUCUCCACCACAGGCUAUGCUGCCCACGAUGGAGCCUCCUUAUACACAGUCUACACCAAUGUUGACGGGCCGCCAGCAGCGUUUGCGGGAUAAUGGUAGGCGCGCCCAAACCCCAGCAUCAGACGUCAGCCACGCCAACAUGUCUUCCGUUGACGCCGCUGCUGGUCGCGACGCGGUCAAGAUUGAUCAGCAGUCCACACCAAUGUCGGAAAUACCGACAGGUGAGGACAUGCUACGUCUUCUCCUCGGCCCAGGGUCUAUGUACUAUGGAUCGCCACCGGAGGGUCCGAGACCAGACGUCCUUCCUUCGUCAGCAGAAGAAGCACCUCAGGCAUCCUCUUUCCGACCAAGUUCGCCGUCGGUCUUCCAGCCAGAUCCAGACGUUCGUACACCGGCGUAUCAGCCCCAGGGCGCGUAUCCUCCUCCAGAUGCACGUCAUCUGCGGAAUACUUCGCCUCAUCCGCAACUUCCUGUUCAGUUGGACGCACCCUCCCUCCAAUGCGGCAGGAACCUUGAGCCACGCGCUACACAGUCAGACCAACCUUUUCACACCAACUACUUUCCAGAAAACGUAUGCAAGGGAGGAAACACGAACGAGAAUCUGUAUGGUUCACAUCAGCUCACCGACGUCAACAAGCAUAAUGAUUACACUCAUCAAGAUACUGCGUGUCAAGCGCAGGGGAUCAUCGAGCAGACUGAGGGUGCAGGUACAAGCGCACAAGACUCGCAUUUCACCAGGGACCAUAACACACGCGCAGAUCAACCAUUUCACACCACAAGAAGCUCUCAACACACCUCCCUACCACCGAGUGAGCAAGUCAAUCUUAUAAGAUUAGGAAGCAGCAGCCAUCCGCCCGGUAAACGCACUCGAAGACCUAAACAAGCUAUCAUGAGUUUGCGCGGCGUCUACGGUGAUAUUGAAGAGCAGACUAUGGUCCAAGGCAGCCGCGAGGCAAUCUCAUGGCUUCAGAGCACGGUCACCCAAGACGGACUGAUGGUAGCAAGAAACGCUGACAAGAGCGUGCCCAAUGCUCUCACUACCACACUAGAGAACAUGGUUCAGCUGGGCAAAUUGCCGCCUCUGGAUCAACUUUGGACCGACAUGGACGACGCCUUGCUCCCUGAGACGCUCACCCAAGCAGGUCUAUCUUUCGACGAGGUUCAUCACAUCAACGAGCCGCUUCAUCGCGAUGCCGGUGAGCCGACAUUUGCAGGAAAGAUAUCUGGCCACAAUCAUGCAAGCUCUGCUUUUCGAAUCUGCAAAUCGCUGAGCAAGAAGAACCAAGCCCGGGGAUUCAGCUAUCAGCUGCUGAUCACAACUGAGCGCCUCGGCCUACCAGUACAGGUUCAGCUAUUCUCGGCAUCCCCUCGAGCCACCCGCACGGUAUGCCUUCACCGAGCGUUUAGGUCUGAUGGCUCUGAAUCGUGGAAGCCGUAUCGACUUUGCUCGCCGAAGCUAUGCAAUGGCGUUUCCCAGCUUGCAGAGGAAGAUGUUGAUCCACUCGAUGGCAUCCUUGCGACGAAUGCUCCUGAUGCCUUUGGCAUGCCCGCACAAGGCCCAGCGGAAAUGCAUUCGCUUUAG